AUGGCGCCUGUAAAGAUCAAGAACGAGCCGGCCAAGAAGACCGAGGCCGAGAUUAUCGUCGACCUACAAGAGCAUAUCAUCGUCCUCGAGAAGCGCCUGUGCAAAAUGAAGGUGGUAGAGGACACCGACGACAACAACAAUAACAACAAGUACAACAACUACUACAACAACGACGACGACAACGACGACAGUGACAGUGACAACAAUGACAGCGAUGACGACGAUGACGGCGAUGUCGCUCCAAUCUUCUCGAACACCUCCGACACCCAGCUCGCCCUCCGCCUUGAUGGCGUCACCCGUCAGCGCGAUCAAGAGCGCGACCACUACCGGAGUCUCUACAUGGGAGUGGUUCGCUCUGCCGGCAGCGCCAACACCAACAGUGUCGGUAAUAACAACUUCCUCAAGAUCGAGUCGAACUCUACCCACUAUCACAUCAACAUGGCUCAGGAUAGCAACCCCUUCAGUGGCUUCGUCAAGGCGCCCAAACUCAGCGAGCCCAGCGAGCCCGAGGUCAAGCGUCCGACAUACGGCGACCAGUGUCUUCGCGAGAAGAGGCGCAAGCCUUGUCGCAAAACUUCAUGUCCUUACUGGCACCGUUCCCAAGGCGCGCGUUUCGCCGCCAUUCGCCCUACUCUCUUCUCCAACAAGGCUGCCGAGAAUCGAGCUCAGCGCCGCUGA